UCCAAAACAGCCAUUUGUUCGUGGAAUAUAUAUUUCAACAGGAGAGAGUGUGUGUUGCAUUGUUGAAAUGCAUGGUGGUAUGGAAUCAGCUAUAAAGUUAUACCAAUGGUUAGCCUCUGUGGUAACAUGGAGAGAUGUGGUGGUUGUGUUGCUGGCAGCCAUAGUAACAAGAUGGUUUGACAGAACUUUUCUCCAGCCAUUUCUUUCUCCAUUGCGGAAGUUACCUGGUCGUCCCUAUAGACCCCUGGUUGGAAACAUGUUUGAGGCUCUUCAAGGGGAAGCAAUGACAACUGCUAUAAGGUGGCUAAGAAUGCAUAACUCCCUGACAAUACGUUACUACCAUUUUGGAGGAAAGGAAAGGGUGUUGACUGCAGAUCCAAAAGUCUUUCGUCAUAUCAUGGUGACAAAUGAAAAGAACUACAAAAGGGUUAGACCACAGAGUCCAAUAGUGAAAUUGAUGGGACAGGCUUUAUUCUUUCUGAGUGGAGAUAUUCACCACAGUGUGAGGAAACUGCUGAAUCCAGCCUUCAGUCUCAAGAUGUUAGAAAAUAUGAUACCUGUGUUUGAGGCCAAAGCAAAGAAAGUUGUUACCCAGUGGAAAGAGAAAUUUACUCAAGCAUCUGAUGGUACAGAACAGAUAGAAUUCUCCAUUCAGGACUAUAUGACUAGAAUUGCUCUGGACAGUAUAUGUUUCACAGGUCUUGAUUUUGAUUUAGAUGCUAUAGGACAGCCAGAUACUGCUGGUGUUCAAAUAUUGACCAAGUAUUUGAGACAAGUGGGAGGGGCAAGCUUGUUGGCAUCACUUAUUCCAUUUUACAACUUGCUACCUACAAAAGUAAACAGACAACGGUGGGAGGAAGAAAAAUAUAUCAAAUCAGUUAUAAACAAAAGAAUCAGUGAGAAGAGGCAGUAUUUCAGAGGGAGAGAGGAAUCUGCUGUAAAUGAGGCACGUGACUUCCUGUCCCUGCUUGUGAUGGCAAGAGAUGAGCAAGGCAAACCUAUUCCUGAUGAACUGGUGUUUGAGAAUGUGGCAGGUCUGCUGUUUGCUGGUUUUGAUACUACAAGUAUCACCCUGACAUGGACUAUGCUGCACCUCGCUAGCUACCAGGAGGUGCAGGAACAAGCCAGGAAAGAGGUUAAAAGUGUGAUACCAGACAACUGUGAUAAAAUUACACAUGAAAUGCUGGAUCAGCUGCAUUAUCUACAUUGUGUGAUAAAGGAAACACAAAGACUAUACCCUGUUGUGUCAAACACCACAAGAGAAGCACUGACAGAUGAUGAGAUAAAUGGUCUGCACAUUCCUGCUGGUACUAAGGUAGUGCUACAUCUUGGUGCUCUACAUAGGAUGGAAGAGAAUUGGGAAAAUCCAGAUAAAUUCCUUCCAGAAAGGUUCAUGAAUGACACAGAACCAUAUAGACACUUGCCAUUUAUUGCCGGACCAUACAUGUGCAUAGGGCACAAGUUUGCCAUGCUGGAAAUGAGGAUGGUUUUGUCCAGCCUACUCAGGGAGUUUGAAUUCAGUGUAGUGCCAAAUUACACCUUCAAGAGGAUUCAAGCUCUUAGUGUAAAACCAAAACCUCCGCUUGUUCUCAAUGUGAAAAGAAUAAAUAAUCGAUAAUUGCCAUAUUUGUUUUGGAUUGAAGUGAUAACUAAUAUAUAAAUGAGCAUUAUGACAUUUUUGUUUGUACAUCAAAUGAAUUUACUUUACCUGUUUAAACUAUGAAUAUUGUGGUAUAAUUGGUAUGCAUCUGAACACUUAUGAUUUUAUUAGACAACAAAAUUACUGUUUUAGAUAGGUUAUUUCUUUUUAGCUUACCUGAGCAAUGCUCAGGUCAGUUUUUCUGAUCGCUCAAUGUCCGGCGUCCGUCGUCUGUCAUCUGUCUGUCAACAUUUAGCUUGUGUAUGCGAUAGAGGCUGUAUUUUUCAACUGAUCUUCAUGAAAAUUGGUCAGAAUGAUUACCUUGAUGAAAAUCAUGAAAUCUAGGCCGAGUUUGAAAGUGGGUCAUCUGGGGUCAAAAAUUAGGUCACUAGGUCAAAUCAAAGAAAAACCUUGUGUAUGCGAUAGAGGCUGUAUUUUUCAAUUAAUCUUCAUGAAUUUUGGUCAGAAUGAUAACCUUGAUGAAAUCUAGGCAGAGUUCGAAAAUGGGUCAUCUAGGAUCAAAAACUAGGUCACUAGGUCAAAUCAAACAAAAACCUUGUGUAUGCGAUAGAGGCUGUAUUUUUCAAUUAAACUUCAUGAAUUUUGAUCAGAAUGAUUACCUUGAUGAAAUUUAGGCAGAGUUUGAAAAUGGGUCAUCUGGGGUCAAAAACUAGGUCACUAGGUCAAAUCAAAGAAAAACCUUGUGUAUGCGAUAGAGGCUGUAUUUUUCCAUUAAUCUUCAUGAAUUUUGGUCAGAAUGAUGACCUUGAUGACAUCUAGGCCGAGUACGAAAACGGGUCAUCUGGGGUCAAAAACUAGGUCACUAGGUCAAAUCAAAGAAAAACUUUGUGUAUGCGAUAGAGGCUGUAUUUUUCAAUUAAUCUUGAUGAAUUUUGGUCAGAAUGAUUGCCUUGAUGAAAUCUAGGUCAAGUUCGAAUAUGGGUCCUCUGGGGUCAAAAAGUAGGUUACUAGGUCAAAUCAAAGGAAAAGCUUGUAUAUGCGAUAGAGGCUGUAUUUUUCAAUUGAUCUUCCUGAAAUUAAGUCCAAAAUGAUAACCUUAAUGAAAUCUAGGCCGAGUUUGAAAAUGGAUCAUCUUGGAUCAAAAAGUAGGUCACAAGGUCAAAUCAAAGAAAAACCUUGUGUAUGCGAUAGAGGCUGUAUUUUUCAAUUGAUCUUCAUGAAAUGUGGUCAGAAUGAUAGUCUUGAUGAAAUCUAGGUCAAGUUCGAAUAUGGGUCUCGUAGUCUGGGGUCAAAAAUUAGGUCACAGGUCGAAUCAAAGAAAAUACUUAUUUAUACUCAAGAUUUUUGCUCCAAUUUUAAUGAUAAUUGGUCAGAAUAUUUAUUUCCACGAAAUCACUAGGUCAAACAUGUUUACAACACUGUUAUGGUGUGUUUCUCAGGUGAGCGACCUAGGGCCAUCUUGGCCCUCUUGUUUUUUUUGCCAUGUUAUAAGCUUUAUGAAGUUAUAUAAAUGCACAAGUAAAAGGUUUAGGCUAACAGGUUAAUGAUUCAUGCAGUGUUCAAAAUCAUACUAUGGUAAAUUUAUUUUAUUUAUUUAUUUUAAAAUAUAUGAUAAAUUAUACAGAGUAUGCAUUAUAGUGUUAUACUGUGUAUGUAUAGAAUCAUUCAAAAAUUUAUAAUAAAUACUACAGAUGGAAUA